CGGUUACGUCUGCCGAUUCCCAACCUUGGGAGCCUUUACGUUUUAGGGUUACCUUUGGGGGUUGAGCCCCUGUCCAUAAAAAGACGCUUCUGCAGUCUCUGUUUUGCCCUAAUUCCUUUCCUUCUUCUAUCUUCACCUUCUCUGAAGUCAAGAUGAUGCAGCCUGGUCCUGGCAUGGCUCCCCCAACCAUGGGCCAACAGCCUCCUCAGCAAUACCCGCAGCAGCAACAUCCCUACAUGAUGAUGCCACCGCAGGCUCAGGCGCCACCGAUGUGGGCACCCUCUGUUCAACCACCGCCACAGUCGGUCGUUCCACCGCCGACGACUCAAGCCGUCCAACCCGCAAGCGCGGAUGAGGUCCGUACUCUUUGGAUCGGUGAUUUGCAGUUCUGGAUGGACGAGAGCUAUCUGUACUCUUGUUUUGCUCACACUGGCGAGGUAGGCUCGGUGAAAGUUAUUAGAAACAAGCAAACUAAUCAAUCUGAAGGUUAUGGGUUUAUUGAGUUUUUCACACGCGCGGCGGCUGAGAAAGUGCUGCAAUCAUAUAAUGGAACCAUUAUGCCGAAUGGUGGGCAAACCUUUAGAUUGAACUGGGCAUCUUUUAGCUCGGGUGAGAAGCGGCACGAUGAUACUCCAGAUUACACAAUAUUCGUUGGAGAUUUAGCUGCAGAUGUUACAGAUUACAUGCUGCAGGAGACGUUUCGGGCUAGGUAUCUCUCAGUUAAAGGUGCAAAAGUUGUGAUAGACAGACUCACUGGGAGGACAAAGGGUUAUGGUUUCGUUAGGUUUGGAGAUGAAAAUGAACAAAUGCGAGCUAUGACUGAGAUGCAAGGUGUAUUAUGUUCAACGAGACCCAUGCGGAUUGGACCAGCCACUAACAAAAACCCUGGCACUCAGCCUAAAGCUUCAUAUCAGAAUCCUCCAGUGGCACAGAACGAGAAUGAUCCAAAUAAUACAACUAUUUUUGUUGGGAAUUUGGAUCCUAAUGUAACGGAUGAUCAUCUUAGGCAAGUUUUUGGCCAAUAUGGCGAGUUAGUACAUGUUAAGAUUCCCGCAGGCAAACGAUGUGGGUUUGUUCAGUUUGCUGACAGGAGCUGUGCAGAAGAGGCACUGAGGACAUUAAAUGGAACAGUAUUGGGUGGGCAGAAUGUUCGUCUCUCUUGGGGCCGGAGUCCUUCAAACAAACCGACUCAGCCAGAUCCAAACCAGUGGAAUGGUGCUGCUGGUGGGUAUUACGGAUAUGCUCAGGGGUACGAGAACUAUGGAUAUGCUCCUGCUACCGCACAGGAUCCUAACAUGUAUGGAAGCUAUCCUGCAGGGUACACCAAUUACCAACCACCACAGCAACAGCAGCAGCUAGGAUAUAGUUGAGAUUUGAGAACACCCCCUCCCCUGUUCUCUCUUUGUAAUCUUGAGGAGUUGGUUACUGCUGUUGCCCCAAAACUUUUCGUGUCUCGGUGUAAAACCGACUUAUCUUUCCCUUCUUUCCUUUGUUAUCAGAAUUAAUAUGCCAUCUCCAGUUGUAUCCAUCAAAAAUUAUUUGCCAACCUGCGGAUGUUCUAAUAAUGAUUUUGCGCAUAACAAAGCAGCAUGUUAGACUGGAA